GCAUGGGCUCUGGGGCGCUGUAGCGCAUCUAUUAUACUGCCUGGCGAGGAUAAAAAGAAGAGCAACUGGAGGGACUAUAAGGCAAACGUUGCUGGAGCUGCCGGGGCAAAGUUGUAUGGUUGGACCCUGGAAAUGGGAUGUCAGUCCCGUUCAGGGAGCAUAAAGGAAGAAGGAAGGUUUCCCAGUUGCUGCCGCUGUGACAGCGAGUGAGAGCCAGCGCAGGAAGAUGUCUGCGGUCACGGCAGCGGUCCCGGCUCCGCAGGGCCCCAUCAACCCGCCGCCUCCGGAGGUCACUAAUCCCAACAAGCCCGGCAGGAAGACCAACCAACUGCAAUAUAUGCAAAACGUAGUGGUGAAGACCUUGUGGAAGCAUCAGUUUGCUUGGCCUUUCUACCAACCUGUUGAUGCAAUUAAACUGAAUUUGCCGGAUUAUCACAAAAUCAUAAAAAACCCCAUGGACAUGGGGACGAUCAAGAAGCGCCUGGAACACAACUACUACUGGAGUGCCAGUGAAUGUAUGCAGGAUUUCAACACCAUGUUUACAAACUGUUACAUUUACAACAAGCCCACAGAUGACAUCGUCCUCAUGGCCCAAGCCCUGGAGAAGAUCUUCCUGCAGAAAGUUGCCCAGAUGCCUCAGGAGGAGGUCGAGCUGUUACCCCCGGUCCCUAAAGGCAAAGGUCGCAAGCCGUCAGCGGGCACCCAGGGUGCAGGAGCGCCGCAAGCCGUGGCCGUGUCCUCCGUGUCCCCGCCGGCCCCGUUCCAGAGCGUUCCUCCAGCCGUGUCUCAGACGCCCGUCAUUGCUGCCACCCCCGUGCCAACCAUCACCGCUAAUGUCCCGCCUGUCACUGCCCCUCCCGCCGCCGCCCCCCCUCCGCCUGCUGCUCCGAUAAUGCCCGUGGUGCCUCCGACGCCACCGGUGGUCAAGAAGAAGGGCGUGAAGCGGAAAGCAGACACGACCACCCCCACCACCUCGGCCAUCACCGCCAGCCGGAGCGAGUCGCCCACAGCCCUCGCGGACCCCAAGCAGGCCAAAAUCAUCGCGCGCCGGGAGAGUGGCGGCCGGCCCAUCAAACCACCAAAGAAGGACCUUGAGGACGGGGAGGUGCCCCAGCAUGCCGGGAAGAAGGGCAAACUCUCCGAGCACCUCAAGUACUGUGACAGCAUUCUCAAGGAGAUGCUCUCGAAGAAGCACGCAGCCUACGCAUGGCCCUUUUACAAGCCUGUCGAUGCGGAGGCCUUGGAAUUACAUGACUAUCAUGAUAUUAUCAAACACCCCAUGGAUCUCAGUACUGUUAAAAAAAAAAUGGACAGUCGGGAAUACCAGGAUGCACAGGGGUUUGCAGCAGACAUUCGGUUAAUGUUCUCUAAUUGUUACAAGUACAAUCCUCCAGACCACGAGGUGGUAGCGAUGGCCAGGAAGCUCCAGGAUGUCUUUGAGAUGAGGUUUGCAAAGAUGCCCGACGAGCCUGCAGAGGCCCCACCUCCACCUCCCCCGGCAGCACCAGUGGUGGGCAAAAGCACAGAGAGCAGCCACAGCAGCGAGGAGAGCUCUUCCGACUCGGACAGCUCGGACUCGGAAGAGGAGCGAGCGACGCGGCUGGCGGAGCUGCAGGAGCAGCUGAAGGCCGUCCAUGAGCAGCUGGCUGCAUUGUCACAGGCACCAGUGAACAAACCAAAGAAAAAGAAGGAGAAGAAAGAGAAAGAGAAGAAAAAGAAAGAUAAAGAGAAGGAAAAAGAAAAGCACAAAGUAAAAGCUGAGGAGGAGAAGAAACCCAAGGUGGCUCAGCCAGCAAAACAAGCCCAACAGAAGAAGGCCCCAGCCAAGAAAGCGAACAGCACAACCACGGCUGGCAGGCAGCCCAAGAAAGGAGGAAAACAGGCAUCUGCAACCUACGAUUCAGAUGAGGAGGAGGAAGGUCUACCCAUGACCUAUGAUGAGAAACGGCAGCUCAGCUUGGACAUCAACCGCCUGCCUGGGGAGAAGCUGGGCAGAGUGGUGCACAUCAUCCAGUCCCGGGAACCUUCCCUCAGAGACUCCAAUCCCGACGAGAUAGAAAUAGAUUUUGAGACAUUGAAGCCCACGACUUUACGAGAACUGGAGCGAUACGUGAAGUCUUGUUUACAGAAAAAACAGAGGAAACCAUUUUCUGCAGGUGGGAAAAAGCAAGCAGCGAAGUCAAAAGAAGAGUUAGCUCAGGAAAAGAAGAAAGAACUAGAAAAACGGUUACAGGACGUCAGUGGGCAGCUAAACAACAACAAGAAACCUGCAAAGAAAGAGAAAUCCGGCUCGGCUCCCUCGGGAGGCCCUUCCCGGCUCAGCAGCAGCAGCUCCUCCGAGUCCGGGAGCAGCAGCUCCAGCGGCUCCAGCUCGGACAGCAGCGAUUCGGAAUGACUUACGGACACUUGCACCCAGCACCCAAAACGGACAUCACCUUCACCGAUGCUCUGCAGUGUUCCUUUCCUUAAUAUACUGCUCUUGCUCCACGGUGGUCAGGUUUUUUUUGUCCCCUCUCUCUCUCUCUGACUUUAUUUUUUAAUUCAGUGUUAUAAAAGGAAUCUUCCAUUUUUUGGGGGCACUCUUUUAAUAGGUCAAAGAUCUUUCCGUGUGCGUGUGUGUGUGACCAGACUUUAUGACAAAUAGUUCCCUUUGCAUAAAGUCUCUAAAAUACAUUUUAACUGACGAAGGUUGGUUGGAAGUGGAAGAACUCUGAACUCUCAGCAGGAGAUGACUAGAAGGUUCUGCGGGGUUUGUAGCCCGCCUCCCUCCUGCCCCUGCCCUCUCCCCACAAUAUUCUCUCUUCAGGAGCUGCCGGGCUCACACAAGGGAAAAACAGAACCUCUUUUUCUAAAGAGAUCUCUGUACAAUGGUACUGUAUCUGGAAGACGUUAGCUUUUCAACUAGUUGGUGUAUUUGUUACUAGCACUAGUAUUCUUAAUCUCGAAGUCUACAGUGUGAUGAGAAUGUCAGAUGCUAUCAUCUUUUUACAUAAAAACAAAAAGAAACAAAAAAAAAAUCAUGUACUGUGGGUUGCUAACAUGCUUUUGGGGUUUUCUUAAUCUUGGUAGAGGCAUAGGCACCUCUUCAGGAAGGUAUUUAAGCAUGAACUUAACUUUAAGCACAUGAGCAAUACAAGUAGUUGCAUUUUUUGUUUUUCCACUUGAGAUUUUCCUUUUUCUUGGGCAUGUGUUGGGAAUACGGGAGCAAGGGAUGCUCCGGGUUCUUGGAAAUGUUAUUUUUCACAUGCAAUAGAUAAUUUCCAGGAAACGGACACUCUCUAGGAAAGUUUUCAUUUAAUUGAAAACAGCUUUUGGCUGAAAGUCUUCAGCUGGACCUCGGGGUGAUCCCUGCAGUGACCAUGCACAUCAUGUGCUUGUUACCAGACACAGGCUCAAGUAUUUUCUCCAUGACAAGCACCUCAGUCUGGGCUUAAAAUAAAGGAGCACUUGAGCUCCAGCUGAGACCGAGCUGGCAGGGAACUGGAGGGGGACGUUGUGUGUGCUGGGGCUUGGGGGUUUUGUUCCUCUCCUUGUCGUUUCAGUAGUGAGCUCCUAGGAAGGGAAUGCUCUGUGUGUGUCGUGCAGGGAGCAGGCACUGAAAUGCUUACCUCAAGAAAAAGAAAAAAGAGGGGAGGAAGGAAAAAGGAAGAGACACCAGCAACUUUUUGAGUCCAGCCUGAUGUUCUGGCCUGCACUGCUGCAAUACAGCCAGUUUUCACUGUCCCUAAUUUCAUGUAUAUACAAGUAUUUUAUUUAUUAAACCAUUGGUCGUUUAAAACGUCAUAAGUAACAAAAGCAAAGCUGUGUCCUGCAGAGCAGCAGAAAGGCAAACAUCGGAGGUGAUUGGAACCAGAUUUAAAAACAAACAACCAGCAACAAAGCACAUAUAAACAUCUGAGGCUUUAUGUAAAUACCUUGGACUUGAUACCUGCAGGUGCUAUGGGCCAGCCUGUGUCUGGUGCUGUCAUGUUUGUGUGUUUGGGUUUUGAUUUGUUCAAUCUCCUCUUUUCACCCCCCUCUUUCCUGUUUUGUACCGAUUUUGGAGCCAUACAGGUAGAUACAGUUUAUUGAUGCAGAGUGCUGUCGUUUUCUCAGUAAUAUUCCAGAAGUCUUUUUCCCACUCUUGUUUUAUUUUUAAUUUCUAUUUGUAGAACAGUGUUUUGGUUUUGUUUGGGUUUUUUUUUUUUUGUAAUCCACCUUUAGGAAAGCACCAGUUCUAUAACUGUAAUAACCUGUAACCUGAGGGGCAGAAACUUAUAAAUUCUUAACUUUUUAUUGUAAAGAAAAACUGUACAGAGUUUAACAAAGUUAUGCCUUUCCCUCUCCCAGCACCAGCCCCAAGGCUGCCUCUCUGCUGUGGGGUCACAGCCCGUGGCUUGCCAGAGGCACUGGGGUGCAGAUUGCACCAGCUUGUAUUUUUCACAUAGGCGAGUGGCCCUGGAGGCCCCCCAACCCCAGCCCAGGAUUCCCAUUGCACCACAGCCCAGAGCUGGAUCCGGAGAUGCUGUGCUGGGAUGUGUGGUGUCCGGGGGAUGGCCCUUUGCUGGGAAGCGCAGGACCAGACUGUUACAAGCACUCCAUGGUUUGCACUUCAAACAGCAUCCAUGUCAGCUGCCAGUCACUUACUGCCCAUCCACUGAGGUUUCAUUAGCUGGACACUUCACUGUCUUUACCAGUCUGUCACAUUCAGUGUUUCAGGGUGCUCGGUGUGUCUGGCACAGCUGAUGUGCUUCUGUCCGUGCCUGACCUGUGUCCUGGCAAUAACACGUUUGCUGUAGAAAAGAAUCCCCGUGUUCUGGCUCGGGCUGAGCGCGAUGCUGUGUCACCGUGAGGCACCGAGCUCCUCCGGUGAGUCUCUGGACACCUUUGGCUUGUUUUGCAGUCUCCAGAGUGCUUGGCCUAGUAGUAGGAGGCGCUCGGGUCUUUGUGGAUGGUUUCCCAUAGCAUUUGGAAUUGGAUGAAAUAGGGAAUUCUGAUUCUUACUGAAAUUAAUGACUUUUCUUUGCCGUUAACAGUGGAGUUAUUUAGUUCCUGUAUUUUAAAUUCUGCAUUCAAAAAAUCUUCCCCUCACCAGACCCUUAGUAAUACAUUUUCAGGAUUUCCUCUGAGGAAAUGUACUAUCCAGCUAAUGAAGAGCUUGGGGGUUUUAAUGGGUUGGGUUUCAUCUGUGUUUCUCCUAUUGUCUGAGACUCGCAUUAGUAAAACCAACUAGUGUUUUAAUUAAGAUAAUUGCAGCCACUUCAGUACCAUGACAGCUCGGAUAAACAAGCUCCCAGCUUUCCCUGCUUGAAACCUUUCCUUGAGUGCACUGCCCGGAGCCGUGCUGCUGGUGUGACGCGUGGUCACUCCCGUGUGGAGAGCAGAGCACAGCCUGUGCUGGAGGCAGCACCAGCCGCUCUCACCAGCAUCGCCACCACGCAAAGCCCAGGGACUGGCUCUGCAGAGUGCCACCAUCGCUGCUCCAAUGUCGGGGACGGCCCCGCCGACUGCACCAGGGAACACACGUUCCUCUGUCCCACCACAGUCAGUGAGAAGGUUGGAGCCAAAGGGUUGGGGACCAAGCGCAAAGUGAUGGAGGAUCCCUGCUGUACUCAGCAAACCUGCCCUAGCUUGGGGCUUUGCAGGGAGAACAAGCAAUGAAAGCCACUGAGGAGCGUGAAGAACCACCUGCACAUCUGAUACACCCAGCUGUGACUUGAGCUUUCAGUUAGUGGGGAAGCUGCUUGUUUUCAUGGCAAGUAAGGUGUUCCCUACGGAAUGGCAGUUCACGGGAGAAAUCCGUUUUGCCAUGACCUUCAUUUCAGGAAAGAAGUUGGUGACUCCUCAUUUCCAAAUGUUGUUCUUACACUCUUUGUUUUCAUGUUGUUUGUAGUGCUGGUUCUCUCCUGCCAUGUCAGUAGUGGUGCCUCUUGUACCUCCAGAGCAGAGUGUCUCCAGGAAAGAAGAGAUGUUUUCAGUCCAUAGUAAGUAGCAGCAGCCCUUAAUGAGUUGGAAACUGAAACAAUAGAGCAUUUAUUUAACUGAGUUUGUGUUGCGUGACCUGUCAGUACAGGUGUCAUGAGAACUUUAAAAUGAUCAAACAUACAACAUUUGAAAAUAACGGGGUUUUUUUAAACUUAAUAGGGAAAAUUGAAAUCUUUAUGGUAGAAUUUUUCUUGAAGGAGCAAAGUUUAACUUUGUUUUCCAGGGGAAGCUCCACUGAAAUCAGUCUGAUUUCAUGUAUAUGCAUACACACAAGUAGUUUUAUUGAAACUGUGUUUUCUGAGAAAUUCCUGUUCUGACCAGACCUGUUACGAACCAGCAUCCCUGCACCUUGAAAGCUUUGUAGACUCCAUCUGAUUGUAAGCUCAGCCUGUUUCUUGCUGUUCAUCGGCCAUGGGCUCAGGAGGGCCGCGGGAGCUACUCAAGGGAUCUGUUGGGUCCAACAGCUCCCUGCGAACCAAAUGUCUGUACAAAAGCAUUUCAUUUUUAUCAAUGUGAUUUUAAACUUUCCUACUGACAGGGUUUGUAGCUGUGGAGCCGACGCUUCAGGACUGUGUAACCUGUGUGUGUGUAAUAGCUGCACGCACCCCACAUAUACAUCCAUGUGUGUGUGCGUGUACCUAUACACUUUAGUUCUCCUGUGAGGUCUCUUUCCAUGUUCUCCAUGUGGUAGAAGCAAACUGCAGCCACCUAACCUAGUUCUUUCUCUGUUUUGGGGACUCUCGGACCAGUUUUUAAGUUUCUCCUUGUUUUGAAAGGAAUGAUGUUUUUUACGGUUGGGGUUGGAGCCGGGGGAAGGGAUCGGGCAUGACACAAACACCACCACCUUUGUAGUCCUGGGUUUUAAACAGACCUGCGGUUCCCCGGGGCUGCCUGGGCAGGCUCUGUGCUGCUGGAGGUGGAUUCAUCCCACUGCAGCAUCCUCUUGCUUGUAAACAACCAGAUGCUUUUUUUAAGAAAUGGUAUUUGCAGAUCUUUGUAACUGUCAUUUUUAGAAACAAACCAACCACCAGCACGGGAUUUGGCCCAGGCCACUGGGAACUCCCCUGAUACGGACAGAACCAAUGCAGACAGAUCUGUUGGUGUAUUUUUUGGGUUUUGUUUUUUUAAUAUUUAAAAGAAUGUUACUUUUCUGUAUGAUGUGCAUGCGAGUUUACCGUAACUCUUUUUCUUAAACCUUUUUAGUGCCAUUUCUAGUAUAUUCCUGUAAAUGUCAGUUACUGAGGAGAAAUGAGUCAAUGUAAGUAGUUUUAGCUUGUUCAUUGCAAAUUGCUGGCCUCAAACACAACAGAAUUUAAAAAGAAGAGUUAGGAAGUAAUCUGUGAUGUUACUGGUGAUCACGGACCCUGGUCCUGGGCAUUCAGUUUCUUUUCAUAAUAAAAAGAGAAAUUGUUUUGUG